GAUUGUGUGUCAGUCCUGUUACGCUGAAGUACAGUGACGUUCAACUUAACCUGAAAGCAUAUAUGACGGGUACAUCCUUAUACUGGAAUAUCUAGUGUUUUUUUUGUGUGCAAGAGAAACAGAAGAGAAAGAAAAUAAAAGGCGUUGAAAACAUAGACAGGUACAUUCCCUGUGAUAAAGUUGAGGUGAAACGUACUAGCGAGGCGCAAUGUCCCGAGCCCCGGCAUCGCUUCGCCUCCUGGCUCUCGCUCUCGUGGUCGCUUGGGGCCGCGGGGAUUACUUGGCUGACAGCAUCCUGUGCGACGAUAUAGAAGCUAUAUGUAUUUACGACGAUUUGCCUUACGUGACCAACGAUACCGUUUGUGGAGACAAACACCAGUUCCUGAAUCCUGCAAGGUGCAACUGCGGGUCGAUGUGCAUAAAGUACCUUGAGGAGGGAGAGGAGUGUUUCAUGAAGUCGCUGAUCUCGUUCCCCCACAAUCUGUGUGGGCCCAGCCUGGAGUGCAUCCCCGUGGACGGCGAAAAGGGCCACUGCAUGCGAAAUCCUGCCAGAAAGUGCCUUAAUGAAACACUGAGCUAUGAAGCAGCCCAAGAAGAAGGAACACUUGGACCAGGAGAAUAUAAACCAAACUGUGAUGAGUUUGGGCGUUAUGCAGGCAGACAGUGUAGUCCUGGAAGCACGUGUUACUGUGUGAAUACUGAAGGUGAAAGGUUGUUUGGGGAAGCUCCAAUUACAGAAAAAGACACCAUGGACUGUGCUUGUGCCUCAUAUUGGGAAGAAACUGAAAGCAGAGGCCUGAACAUGGGACUUCGCUGUCUCCCAAAUGGAAACUUUGAUACACUACAAUGUGCUGAUAAAAUGUGUUACUGUUUCGACCCCCAAACUGGGUCCAUUUCCUUUGGACCUUUUCCUGAUUACAUGAUGGAAGAUUUGGUGUGCUAUGAUGAAGCAAUACAUGGCAGCAUAUACAAACGUCCUUGUGAACUGGCCUUGGACGAGUGGGAGAGUCAGGAAAGCAGUGAAGUGGUCACCAUCCAGGAAAGUGCUAGGCCAGUGUGUACACAUGAUGGCUACUAUGCUGCAGUUCAGUAUGAAGAAGGUUAUGCAUAUUGUUCAGAUUUUCACGGAAGGCAAAUUGAAGAUUUUAAACAAGAAAUUUACCUGUCAGAUGGUCUCAGCUGCAACUGUGCAAGACGUCGUUAUAUCAUGGAAGAAAAUGGCUUGGGGUCAAACAAGCCUAAGUGCUGCCCUAAUGGUGAAUACAAACCCCUGCAAACUAGAGGUCUACUAGCAUACUGUGUUGAUACUAAUGGAAACCAGUAUGGCCCUGCAGUUGUGACGACAGACAUCACCUCGUUACCCUGCUAUUCAGAAGAACCAUGCCCCACAGUCAUGGAAUAUUAAACAGGUUUUAAUAGCACCAGCUUAUUGAAAGUGACUAAAUGCUUUGUGAUUCUGCUGUUUAUGUUGUGAAAUGUUUAGACUUAAUAGAAGUACUUAACAGUUUGAAAGGAGAAACACUUCAAACUGGGAAAGACUUUUGCUUUUUUAAAUCUUAUUUCUAAGAUACUGUAUAUAUCAGGCCUUUUUUAAUGAAUGUACAAAAUAACUUGAGGGACAGAAGAGCUCAGAAAAAAAGGCAAAAUAAUUUUACAUGCUUUACAGAUGCCAUUGCCUCAUCAGCAUGUAAUUUUCAUUUCCUUUCCUAUCCAAAAUUAGAUGCACUAUCAGAGUGUUCUUGAACAAACUAUGAGAAAUUUCUUUUAUUUAUGCCUGAAUUACAGUUUAUCAUCUAUCUUUGCUAUUUGACAUGUACUACAAUUAACAAAGUACGAUAUAAUUGAUUUACUAGCUAUUAACUAGAUAUAAAACAGAAACUCUUCUCAUGAGCAUCACUGAAACAGCCAUCAUACUUUGCUGCUGAGACCUUUCCAUGAUAUAAAUGUAAUACUGUUUAUCAUUCUGUAGAACAUGGUCAGCAGUUCCCUUCCUUUUUAAUUCUUAGAUAAUUAGUUAAGAUAUAUUAUUGUAUUACAGAUUUUAAUAGCCAUUUAUGUUAUUCUCUAGUAUAUGUACAUUUACAUUUCAAAGAUACUGUUAUGUGACUGAUUCCCAUAUCCUUAUGAUCUAAGUUGUUUCUUUUACUCCCAACUGACUCUUCAUUAUUUAUCAGUAUUUCUUUCAUCCUAUAUUUUAACAGAUCAGGCAAAUACAAAGGAAGAAGAUUAAAUAAUCAAUGAAGAAUAUUGAAAGACAACUGCAAAAUCCCAUACUAUUUUCAUUGUUACAAAUGUUUAUCAGGUGUGCAAUAUAAUAUACAUAUAAUAAAUGUUACAUGACUAAUAUCAAAAAAGGUAUACUUAAACUAAAGUUCAACAAAGCAUAUAUUUCUAAAUAUUAUGCAAAAUAAUCAUACCAUUAAUAUCAAUAGUUUUCAUAAGUGUGAUCUACAGUGUCAUCAUAACUAAAAAUGUCCAAGCUCUUCUGAAUUCAAACUUUAACAUGUUAGUCUCAUAUACAAUCUGUGUGAUCUGCUAGUUUCUAAAUAAGAAACAGGUAUUGGCAUGUCUAAAGGAAAACAAAAGAAGUAAAGUGCAUUUACUAAAAUCUUUAUUCAAACACUGGUUGUGUAAACAUAGCAAAUAUGAUUAUCCUGUGAAUUUAUCAUCAUAUUCUAUCAUCACUUGUGUGCGGAAGUCCUCAAAAAUGCACUGUAAGACAUGCAAUCUUAAGGAUACCUUGAGCAGAUGGUUAUAUUGAAAAUGAAAAUGACCAAUGGAAUACAUCUGUUAGCCUGGCUUCUAUAUGGAAACUGUAUUACCUGUCUACUUUGAUACCAUUAGAACAGCUGAUGGAACCAGGCCUGAAAAGAAAGAAAAGAUAAAGUUAAAACCGUAUAUUUUCAUUUUCAAGUAAUUCCUAAAAUAAUUGAGAAUUAUUACUAAAUAAAACAUUGGUCUUAUUAGUGGAAAAUAAAAGGUGGUUUUAAUACUCUAUAUUCUACACAGAGAAAUAUUUCAGUUUCCAAGUUUGAUCUUACUGGACACUACAGAAACCAAAGACUCUCCAAACUAUUCUCAUCAUUCCAUAUAAAUUAUUACUGAAUGACAUCAAGAGUGAGAUAAACAACAACUGAGAAUACUUACAAAGCUGGAAGUGUCAGGCCCAGUGUUGUCAUGAACCAAUUGAGUAAUGAAUGAUUUACCCUUUUUCCUAUUUCAUACACAACUAUGUCUUGUGAAGGUUUGUAAUGUUAAAAUCAUGAGUGUGUGGAAGGUGACAUUAAUAAGUGUAGCUAAUCAUACAUUUGUGAUAAUUUAUGCAAUCUUUAAAUUUGGAUAAUUAAAGAACAUUUUAUUGUUACUAAUACCUAUGGAUACUGAACUAUGUAUUAUGCAAUCAUAUCCAUUUCAUAUAUCCACCACUGUGAUUAACAAAGUACUCUGUGUGGGAUGUGAUAUGUAAUUAUUUUUUUUAUGAUUCUAUUCACUAACUUAGUAGUAGGUUAUGACCACUUGCCAUGCAUUUGCAAUCCUCACUGAAGACAUUGGAGCUAAGCCAAUUCCAAAAAUUUAUGUGACUAAAGUAAUUGGCAAAAAUAUUCACUGUUCCAAUUAAGUCAGCUAUUGGAUAAAUGAAUAAAAAUGUACCUUGAAAAUGGA